GUGGUCCACACAGAGCGCGUGACGAUCGAUCGGUUGAGUGUCGCGUGUUGCCACAUCACCAUCGUGGCGGUUACCAAAGUUUCAUAAAUGUCCGUGUGUCGAUUGUCGAAUGCGCUUGUGCUUAUAUCCAUUCUGUUGUACGUGGAUGAUCCAAAUAAUCUGACUAAAUCUUACUCCAGGUUGCUGGCAUUAUCCGAACUUGGUUCAUAAAAAUGCCAAUUUGAUUCUGAAUUAAACAUCCAAUUGUAGUUAUUUAAAACAAUUUUUUUUGUUUUAAAAAAAUAAAAUAGACCAAUAUAAUUUACAAAAAUAAAUAAAUAAAAUAUUGUAAUAAUAAUUAUAUUUAAGUGAAGUAAUUAUUACUCAUAUUGUGUCCUAUAUUUUUAUGAUAUAAUUUUAUAACACACUAUUAUUUCGUCGUGAGUUUUUAUUUUAUUUUAAAUAAAGUCUAAGUUCUAAAGCAUCACAAUGAGUGCUACUAAUAUUACACCGCAUGUUGAAGAUAAACACGGCUUCGUUAAGCUGAUUCAGUCUGGUGAUUCAAUUACUAUUCGUGGACAACCAAGAGGUGGACCACCACCAGAAAAGACAAUUUCAUUGUCAAAUGUAGUUGCUCCAAAACUCGCUAGACGAGGAAAAAAUCCCGGUGAAGGUUCUAAUGACGAGCCAUGGGCCUGGGAGGCUAGAGAGUUUUUACGUAAAAAACUUAUCAACCAAGAGGUUGUUUUUAACGAAGAAAAAACAGCAUCUGCUACUAAAACAUAUGGUUCUGUUUGGUUAGGAAAAGAUAAAGAGAGUGGAAUAAACGUUGCUGAAUUAUUAGUAUCUGAAGGAUUGGCUACUGUAAAACGUGACAAUCGUAAUCCAACGCCAGCUCAAUUGCGUCUUCAGGAACUGGAAGAUAUUGCACGGUCAGUUGGUAAAGGAAAAUGGUCAGCUGACCCGCUUAGCCAACAUGUUCGUGAUGUUAAAUGGACCGUUGAUAAUCCACGUGCACUUGUUGACAAAUAUGGUGGCAAACCUGUCAAAGCAAUUGUCGAACAUGUACGUGAUGGUUCAACAGUCAAGGCUUUUCUUCUUCCCGACUUUUAUCAUAUCACACUUAUGCUCUCUGGCAUUCGUUGUCCUCAGUUCAAGUCAGACGAGGAAGAAGCAUACGCAAAAGAAGCACAAUUUUACGUUGAAAAUCGUCUUCUUCAGCGUGAUGUUGAAGUUCUUUUAGAAACAACAAAUAAUAAUAAUUUUGUUGGCACAAUAAUGCAUCCAAAUGGAAACAUUGCUGAGCAUCUUCUUGGUGAGGGUUUUGCAAAAUGUGUUGAUUGGACAAUGAAUUUUACUAAAUCUGGUGUUGAUAAACUUUAUAUGGCUGAAAAAGCAGCUAAAGAAAAACGUUUACGGCUUUGGCGUGAUUGGGUACCAAGUGCACCACAAAAAGAAUACAAUGCUAUUGUUACUGAAAUAACAAGUGCUGAUUCAGUUAUGGUAAAAACACAAGAUGGUGAAUAUAAAAAAGUAUUUUUGAGCAGUCUUCGUGCACCACAAAAGCCAAAAAAAGCUGGUGAUGAUCCAGCAGCACCACGUUCAAAAGAUUUUCGUCCACUUUAUGACAUACCAUUUAUGUAUGAAGCACGUGAAUUUUUACGUAAAAAAUUGAUUCGUAAACAGGUUAAAGUUAUUGAGGAUUAUACACAACCAGCUAAAGAUCAGUACCCAGAAAAAAUAUGUUGUACAAUAUUCGUUGGAAAAGUUAAUAUUUCCGAGGCAAUGGUAUCAAAGGGUCUUGCAACUGUUAUUAGAUAUAAGCAAAAUGAUGACCAACGUCCAACUCAUUACAACGAAUUACUUGCUGCUGAAGCUAAAGCUGAAAAAUCUGGUAAUGGUCUUCACGCUAAAAAAGACACACCACCUCAAAGAAUUAUCGAUUUAUCAAAUGAUCCUGCAAAAGCGAAAUUUCAUUUGUCAGCAUUAAAAAGAACACGUGGUAUCAAAGCUGUCGUUGAAUUUGUAACAAGUGCUUCUCGUUUGAAAUUAUUCCUUCCAAAAGAACACUGUUUAAUUACCUUUCUUUUGGCUGGUGUAAAAGCACCAAGAAGAUCAAGACCAAAACCAGGUGGUGGUGUUAUUGAAGGUGAAAAAUAUGGUGAAGAAGCAUAUGCAUAUAUGAAAGAGCAAACAUUUCAAAAAGAUGUAGAAAUACAAGUUGAAAGUAUGGAAUCGAAAGGCAGUGGUUUUAUUGGAUGGUUAUUUGUUGAUAAUAUUAAUAUCAAUGUUGGUCUUGUUGAGGAAGGUUUUGCUGAAGUAUCAACAUUUACUGAUUCAGCUGAAUAUCUUAAAAAUGUCAAAGCUGCUGAAGAACGCGCUAAGGCUAAAAAACUUAAUAUUUGGCAUGGUCGUGCUGAUGUUGAGCAUGAUACUGAAAAAAUAAAUGAAGAAAAAGAAAUAGUUGAACGUAAAGUUGAAACUCAUGAAGUUGUUGUAUCAGAAAUAACUGAAGAUUUACAUUUCUUUGCUCAAUAUGUUGAUCAACGUAAUCAAGUUGAAAGUUUAUUGACUAGAUUACGCCAAGAACUUGAAGAUAAUCCACCAUUACCUGGUGCAUUUAAUCCAAAACGUGGUGAAUUAGUUGCUGCUAAAUUUACCGGAGAUGAUCAAUGGUAUCGUGCUAAAGUUGAAAAAAUUUCUGGCGUUAAUAUUAGUGUAUUGUAUAUUGAUUAUGGUAAUCGUGAAACAUUAAAUGUAACAAGAGUUGCACCAUUACCAUCUGAAUAUAUCAGUGAUAAACCAUACGCACAUGAAUAUAUAUUUGCAUAUGUUGAUCUUCCCAAGGAUGUUGAUGAUCAAAAAGCAGCGAUAAUGGCAUUACAAGAAGAUUUAUCUGAAAGAACAUUAUUAUUAACUGUUAGACACAGAGUUAAUGGAAUACCAGCGGCAACACUUGUUGAUCCAGUAACAAAAGAGGAUCCUGUCAAGGCUCUUGUUACUGAUGGAUAUCUUCAUGCCAGCAACAUGAGACGAAAUGCCAACAAAGCGAUGGAGGAUUAUACAAACGCCGAAAAUGAUGCAAAGAAAAAUCAUCGCAACAUUUGGCAGUAUGGUGAUGUAACGAAUGAUCCAUCAAGCGACUGGAAAUAAUUUCAUUAAACGGUCAUGAAUUAUUUUUCUUUCGUUUUUUUUUUCUUUUGAAAAUUCAAUUUUACACUGAAUUCAAUUUAACGGAAGAAAAAGAAGGAAGAAAGGGUAUAUAUGACAAAAAAAAAAAAAAAAAAAAAAUUUCCUUUUG